AUGCGGCUGCGCCGAAUGUGCCCUUGCAAAGCAAGCCACUUCCAGCGUCGCCCAGACCGCACCGCGCCGCCCUUGCUUUGCAGUGGCCUCGGGACCAAGGUCUGCAUGCCACCAGGGACAGGCUUGACACAGCGUGCAGCACAUCAAGACGAUGGCAAGCCAGAGAAGGAUUCUACAAUAGUGAAUCUGGUCUGCUCGCACCUCCAAGGUUGCCAGGAGCUGAAUACAGAGCGGAACAGGUUGCUUUCGCCCUUUGAGAUCUUCUUCUCGCAGAACCACAUCCGCCCGGAGUUUCAGGACGGCCGUUCCAUCGACGCCGCUGUCGGAUGCAUAGGAUCUCGCCGCUUUGAUCCACGUGAUGGUUUCGAGGAUCUCGGAUGUCCCCAAAAGUCCUCAUGGUGGCUGCUAUCACAACCUUUUCCGAUGAUAGAAGUCAUUCAGUGGAGGAUAAAGCUUCGGGAGGAAGAUGGAUGUCAAGUGGUUGACGAUGAUGGCAACGAGCUUUACGGCGAGAGAGAAUGGUACACCUUGGACAACCGACGAUUGUACUGCUUGCAGAGGGCUGCAGUGGCCCUCUAUCCAAAGCAGGUCAGAGUGCUGGUCAGCGUCGUUCAUCAGGAAGAAGGGAGCUGUCGCGAGUUCCGCAAAUUUCGCUCCGUUGAUCGCGGCCGCAGCAUCCGCCUUGGCCAUCGGGACUCGCCUGAUCUUCCCCGUUGGUGCUGGCGGCUGGAGGUUGGGCUUGCGGAGGAAGUCCUGCCCGCCGGGUCUGCUUUGCCGAGGCCGGGCAGGCGCCGCGAUGGAAGAGGAUCGGCUGGGCGGCCGGCUAGGCGGAAGAACGACAGGGAUCCUGUCGACAGCGGCGAAGACCAAGCCUGGGGCAGCCAUUUAGCAAAUGCCUCUCUUUUUGUACUGGUCUAUGCCACCAUGCGUCUGUUGUUUGCCCUGUGGCGUCACUAUUCGUCAGAUGAGCGAAGGCAGUCUGUGACCUCUUUGUGA